AUGUGGGACAUUGUGAGCAUGAGCUUCGUGCUCGGCAUGAUGGAAAGGGGACAAGGCACCGUCGUCGCGCUGGUAAAUAAGGGCAUGGAGGGCCAGCGGCCGCUUCAAAAGGCAGUCCUCUACGAACAUGAGAUUCCGACACUGGGGGUGGCUGCGUAUGGACUUGGGUACUGGUCGCCUCAGGUUCUAGUCAUCGACUUGCAGGGCACCUGCUCCCGAACCAGUCCCGCACUCCAACGGCAGCUCGCGUCUCGCUUGGGCGCGUGGGCGAGAUCCAAAGAGAAGCAGUGCUGGCGCUUGCAAGACUUCGUGCGGAGAUCCCGGCUAGACUGGCGAUGCCUCGACUGUAGUUCUGCAAGCUGCGCCUUGGACACUGCCUUGGCGAAGCAGGUGAGACAGCUCGUAGAGGAGAAGCGGCCGAAAGACGAGAAGGGCCGAGAGCUAUUGGAAGCAGUGACAGACACGAGUCAGAGCGAGGCGGACAGAGAAUCGGGGAAGGAGUACUCCGAGGCGAAGCGCAAGUUGGCGGAGUUGCUGUCGCGCGUGCAAGGGAUGAAAGGCCUCGAGGCUGCUGCCCUCAAGGUGGGCACAGACCUCACCCGCAUGGUCUCGGAGAGAAGCCCGAUCACUCGGCGCCACAGGGAGGUCUCGGUGACUCAGGUUCGGGCUCUGCUCGAUUCGAAGGCUGAUCCCAACAUGGCAGACCGACAAGGCUCCACCGUACUGGACAAAGCUGCCGAGAGCCGGAACGUGGAGGUGGCGGCGCUGCUCCUGGAGCAUCGAGCAGAGCUUAAUCCACGCAGAGACGACGGCUGCACGCCCCUCCACACGGCUGCGGUUAAAGAUGACCUUCCUAUUGCAAGGCUGCUCCUUGAGCACAAGGCAGAGGUGGAUCCGAACGACGACGGAGGUCGGACGCCCCUGGACCUUGCUGCCGACUUUGGUCGCUCGGAGGUGGCGCGGUUGCUAUUGGAGCACAGGGCCGACCUGAAUCGAAAAGACGCGAACGGCAACACGCCCCUCCAUCAGGUUGCCAGGAAAGGCGACCCCGGGAUGGCGACCCUGCUCCUGGAUCACGGGGCGGAGCCGAGUCUCCAGAACGUGAAUGGUGCCACCCCACUCGAAUUGGCUGUUGUGCAGGAUCAUUCGGAGCUGGUGAGGCUUCUCCUUCAGCAUAAGGCAGAGGUGAAUGCCCAGAAUGAGGAAGGCCGAACGCCCUUGCACCUUGCUGCCGUGCACGGUCGCUCGGAAGCGGCGGCGCUACUCCUCAAUCACAGGGCUUGGGUCAAUCCCCGAGAUGAGAGCAACUGGACGCCUCUCCACUGGGCUGCGCAAGGAGGUCAUUCGCAAGUGGCCGAGCUGCUCUUAGACCACAAGGCCGUGGUGAGUCCCCAUGACAAGUCCUGGGGGAUGGUCACGCCCCUCACCUUGGCGACAGGGUCGGUGAGAGAGCUGCUUCUGCAGCACGGAGCGCAAUGA